UUGGUGUAGGUAUGGGUGGUCUUUGAAGGAAUUUCCCACUUCUUUCUAUUAAAGUUCAAAGAAAACGCAAUAUUAUUAAUAAUACUAAUCAACUUAGAGUAGAGCAUUCAGAAGCUUCACAUAAAUUUCCUACCACAUGCUAUAGUUCAGUUCGGUAGUAAAUAUCAGUUGACUAGAGUAUAGCCCCAUCUUUAAAAUUUGAAGUGGCACUUGUUUAUUUCUUUUCUCCUGUAUAUAAAUUCGUCGGAAGUAUAUAGCAUCAAUUAAUCUCUUACGACAACCAUAAUCUCUCCACACAUUUCUUUUUUCUUUUCAACCAAUUAACUGAAUCCAUGGCAUCAUCUUCUUCUACUAGAUCGUUGCAGUUGCCUCAACGGAAGUACGAUGUCUUUUUAAGUUUUAGAGGUGAAGAUACUCGCAAAAAUUUUACAAGUCACCUGCACGAAGUUUUGAGAAACAGGGGAAUCUUCACCUUUCUAGAUGAAGAAAGGCUAGAGCAUGGUGAUUCGAUCCCAGAUGAACUCGUGAAAGCUAUCAAAGAUUCUCAAGUUGCCGUAAUCAUUUUCUCAAAGAAGUAUGCUACGUCGAGAUGGUGCUUGAAUGAACUAGUGAAAAUCAUGGAAUGCAAGGACAAUAAUAAACAAACUGUCAUACCAGUCUUCUAUAAUGUGAAUCCAUCAGAUGUUCGAAACCAGAGGGAGAGCUUUGCAGAAGCCUUUGCCAAACACGAAUCGAACUAUAAGGAUGAUAUUGAGGGAAUGCAGAAGGUGCAAGGAUGGAAGAAAGCUUUAAGUGAAGUGGCCAAUCUCAAAGGUUGUGAUACCUGUGACAGGAUUGAAUCCGAAUGUAUUCGGGAACUUGUUGAUCAAAUUUCGUCCAAAUUACGCAAGACUUCAUCGUCGUAUUUGCAAACUGUUGUGGGAAUAGAUACGCAUUUAAAGGAAGUAAAUUCCCUACUAAAGAUGGAAAUCGAUGAUGUUCGGAUUGUGGGGAUUUGGGGAAUGGGCGGAAUAGGUAAAACGACAAUAGCAAGAGCCAUUUUUGAUACUCUUUAUUAUCAAUUUGAAGCUGCCUCUUUUCUUGCGAAUAUUAAAGAAAAUGAAAAAAAGUAUAAUCUACAUUCUUUACAAAAUACCCUUCUCUCUGACCUGUUAAGAAGAAAAGAUAAUUACGUGUCUAAUGAGUAUGAUGGGAAGAAUAUGAUUCAGAGCAGACUUCAUUCUUUGAAGGUGCUAAUUGUGCUUGAUGACGUAGAUCACAGUGAUCAUUUGGAGAAUUUAGCAGGUGAUCAUGGUUGGUUUGGUAAUGGCAGCAGAGUUAUUGUAACAACAAGAUAUAGACAUUUGAUAGAGAACGAUGAUGCAAUAUAUGAAGUACCUAUACUACCUGAUCGUGAAGCUGGGCAAUUGUUCAAUCAAUAUGCUUUCAAAAAAGAAGUUCCAAAUGAUCUUUUUACGAAGCUCUCCUCGGAAGUAGUAAAUCAUGCUAAAGGCCUUCCUUUAGCCCUCAAGGUGUGGGGUUCUUUGUUGCGUAAGAAAGGCCUAACUCAGUGGAGAAGAACUGUAGACCAAAUAAAGAAAAAUUCUAAUUUAGAAAUUGUUGAAAAACUCAAAAUAAGUUAUGAUGGACUAGAGCGCGAAGAGAAAAGGAUAUUUUUAGAUAUAGCAUGUUUCUUCCGAGGAUAUAAAAAAGAGAAAGUCAUGCAAAUCCUUGAGAGUUGUGGUUUUGGAGCUAAAUGUGGAUUGGAUGUCCUAAUUGAAAAAUCUCUUGUGUUCUUAUCUAAAUAUGAUGAGAUUGAAAUGCAUGACUUAAUACAAGAUAUGGGUAAAUAUAUAGUGAAAAUGCAAAAGGAUGCAGGUGAAUGUAGCAGAUUAUGGGACUCUGAAGAUUUCGAAGAAGUGAUGGGGACAAAAGCAAUGGAAGCAAUUUGGGUACGACAUAUUCAAAAGCUAUGCUUGAGCAAAAAAGCCAUGAAAAAGAUGAAAAAGCUUAGAAUGUUAUGCAUCAUGGGUUUCGACACAUAUGAUGGCUCCAUUGAGUACCUGCCCAACAGCUUGCGUUGGUUUGUUUUGAAGAGUUAUCCUUGGGAAUCAUUGCCACAAAAGUUUGAACCCGAAAGACUUAUUUAUCUUGAUCUCGAAAGGAGCUCGUUGCGUCAUUUAUGGACUGGAAUAAAGCGUUUUCCUUAUCUACGGGAGCUGAAUCUCACGGGGUCUGAACACCUGAUGCGAACACCAGAUUUCAAGGGGAUGCCAAAUUUGGAGUAUUUGGAUCUGUCAGAUUGUACUAAUCUUGAAGAGGUUGAUGAAUCCCUGGGGUAUUGCAGCAAGCUCAUUAAGUGCGAUUUGUGGGAUUGCUCAAGCCUUAAGAGGUUUCCAUGUGUUAACUUGGAAUCUCUUAAAUAUCUGGGUCUACGGCUGUGCUCUAGUUUAGAGGAAUUUCCAGAGGUCAAGGGAAGAAGUAAGCUGGGGUUAAAGAUUAAGAUCGAGGGAUCUGGAGGCUGGUUACAGAUAAGGGGGUUACUGAUUAAGAUCGAUGGAUCUGGGAUAAGGGAAAUACCAUCAUCUUUUUUUCAGUUUGGAGCUCAUUUUACCAAGCUAUAUUUGAACUUUCUGGAACACCUUGUAGCUCUUCCAAGCAGCAUUGGCACGCUGAAAAGCUUGGUGAAGCUAGAUGUGUCGGAUUGCUCAAGACUUGAGAUCUUGCCAGAAGAGAUAGAAUAUUUAGAAAACUUGGAGAAGCUUGAUGCCCAUAAUACUCUGAUUUCACGACCUCCGUCUUCCAUCAUCCACUUGAACAAGCUUAAACUCUUGAAUUUCAAAAUAAAAGAGUCACAAGUAGGCCUCGUAGAUAGAGUGUGCUUUGAGUUCCCUCGGGUGAAAGACGGAUUACGCGCAUUGAAAAAUCUGAAUCUCAAUAACUGCAAUCUAAUAGAUGGAGGACUUCCGGAAGACAUUGGAUCGUUGUCCUCUUUGGAAGCGUUGUCUCUCAAAGGAAAUAAUUUUGAGCAUUUGCCUCUAAGCAUAGCCCAACUUGGUGCUCUUCGAUUCUUGUGCUUAUCAGAUUGCAAGAGGCUUAAGGAGUUGCCACGUUUCAUGGGGAUGCCAAAUUUGGAUUCUUUGGAUCUGGGCAAUUGCAAUGAUCUUGAAGAGGUUGACGAUUCACUGGGGUAUUGCGGUAAACUCUUUUGGUUAAAGUUGGAUUAUUGCACAAGCCUUAAGAGGUUUCCAUGUGUUAAUGUGGAAUCUCUUAAUUUUCUCUACCUACGAGAUUGCUCUAGUUUAGAGAAAUUUCCAGAAAUCAGGGGAAGAAUGAAUCUGAAGUUAAAGAUUGAGAUGAAAGACUCUGGGAUAAGGGAACUGCCAUCAUCUUAUUUUCAGUCCGGAACUCAUCUUACAAAGCUAGAUUUGAGCUUUAUGAAACACUUUGUAGCUCUUCCAAGCAGCAUUGGCAUGCUGAAAAGCUUGGUGGAGCUAAAUGUGUGUUUUUUCUCAAGCCUUGAGAUCUUGCCAGAAGAGAUAGGAGAUUUAGAAAACUUGGAGAAGCUUGAUGCCAGGGGUACUCUAAUUUCACGUCCUCCGUCUUCCAUUGCCCGAUUGAACAAGCUUAAAUUCUUGAGUUUUACAAAACAUAUAUCAGAAGUAGGCCUCCAAGAUGGAGUGUGCUUUGUGUUUCCUUCGGUGAAUGACGGAUUACGCUCAUUGGAACGACUGUAUCUCAGUUAUUGCAAUCUGAAAGAUGGAGGACUUCCGGAAGACAUUGGAUCCUUGUCCUCUUUGAAAGAGUUGUAUCUCAAUGGAAAUAAUUUUGAGAAUUUGCCUCGAAGCAUAGCCCAACUUGGUGCUCUGCGAAUCUUGGACGUAUCAGAUUGCCUGAAGCUUACACAGCUGCCAGAAUUUCCACAACAAUUAGUUAGAAUAGAUGCAGACUGGAGCAAUGAUUGGAUCUGUAAUUCGUUGUUUCAGAAUAUCUCUUCAUUGCAGCAUCACUUCUCUGCUUCAGAUUCCUUGUCACUAAGAGUGUUUAUCAGCGGGGGGAAGAAUAUCCCAAGUUGGUUCCACCACCAAGGAAAGAAUACAAUUGUAUCUGUCAAUUUGCCUGAGAAUUGGUACGUACCUGAUAACUUCUUGGGAUUUGCUGUAUGUUACUCUGGCAUGUUAGGUAAAAGCACAGCUCAAUUGAUUCCCUUAUGUGAUGACGGGAUGUCGACGAUGACCCAGGAACUUGCCUUACCCAACCAUCCAUACUAUGAUAGAAUAUUUUUAAAUUCUACUACUCAAAUUUUUUUGGUGCCUCUUGCUGUCUUAUGGGAUACAUCAAAGGCAAAUGGAAAAACACCAAAUGAUUAUGGGCUGAUUAGGUUAUUUUUCUAUGGAGAAUGGAAGAAAUUUGGAUUACGUUUGCUGUAUAAAGAUGAACCUAAGAUUGGGAAAAGGUAGAGCAGAUAUGACGAUAGUGAAGCGAGUUCCUCCUCUUGUAAGAAACAAAGGUCACAUUAUAAUAUUAGUGGGAGCCAGAAAGUUACUCUGCCAUUUUGAAAAGAUUUCAUAAGUUUAGGUUUGAUUCACAAAAUUGUAAUGUCAAUUAGACAAGGCAGCUUUACCUGCAUGAGAAUCUGCUUUCAUUGGGCAUAUGCUGAGGAGUUUAUGCGGUAGUUGCCACUAUUUGAUCAACAAUUGGCUAAGCAUAGGCAAGAGAUUGAAGAUGUUAGGGAAGUGAAUGUCACAGAUGCUUACUAUUGUGAUUGCCAUCUUAUGCAAAAGAACCUACUGUCAUAUAUUCUCCAUCAGAAAUUGAUGUUCACCGUUUCUCUUUCAAAAUAGUUUUCAUUUUGGAAAAACCAGAAGUCUUUACACAUUAUGUAACUUCAAAAACUUUAUGUGGGGCGGCUCAGUUUUACACUUCUGCAACCAAAAUUUUUCUUGGCGGAAGGUCUUGAGAUACGUUGUCGUGGAUGUUGUCAACAGAAAAGGGACUCAUCGAGCUGCAAAGAUACAAUACACAGAUUUCACUGAGUUAUCAUUGGUAGAUGAAGAUGCCCUUGAAUUUCUUCUCAUUAUGUCCACAGAAAAGGCAAAGGGUUUUUAUUUCCAAAGGGAGGUUGGGAAAAUGAUGAAACAAUCAAAAAUACAGCACAGCAUGAGACGGUGUAGUAGGAGGGGAUGUUAAGCAAACUGGGGACAUGGUAAUUUGAGAACAAAACCGGUUACGCUGCCUAUAAAGGGAACAAUUAGAAUAUUGGCCCGAGAAAGAUGAAUGGAAAGAUAACUUUGCCAAAAAUGGGUGGAUGAAGGAAGCCUUGGAAAUGUUAGUAAGUCGCCUCACAAUUUGCGACUUGCAUGAUUUGAUGGGAGGUCGGGAAAAGAUGAAACAGUUAGAGAUGCAUCACAGUGUGAGAUAGUGGAGGAAGCUGGAGUACGAGGGGAUGUUAAGUUUUGGAUUACUUUUGCAGUGCAAACUGGGAAAGGAAGAUGGUACGUUGAGAACAAAACCGAUGACAUUGCCUGUGAAGGGCACAUGUUUCCUUUCUUAGUAACAGAACAACUAGACACUUGGCCCAAGAAAGAGAUUUGCGAAAGAACUUGGUGUAAAUUGGGAAGAUGGAACUUUGAGAACAAAGCUGGUGACACUGCCAAUGAAGGGCACAUGUUUCCUCUGUUUGUAACAGAACAACUAAACUAAUUGGCCUGAGAACGAGAUUCGCGAAAGAACUUGGAUUCCUUGUCACUAAGAGUGUUUAAGAGCUGGGGGAAGAAUAUCCCAAGUUGGUUCCACCAUUGGCGAACUGGUAGAAGUCUAUCAAUCAAUUUGCCUGAAAAUUGUCUCUUCAGGAACUUUGCAGCGUUAUCCUUCAUACCAAGGCUAUAAGGAGUAAUUAUAUGAAGAUGAAGAUCCCAUUGAACUUAUUCUCAUUAAGAACAGAAAGCGAUGGCCAAGGACGGAUUAUGGGCUUAAAAUUUUUUAAUAUAUCAGAGGGAGGUUUCGAAAAAGAUGAAACAGUAGAAGAUGCAGCACAACGCGAGACAGUGGAGGAAGCUGGAGUUCAAGGUGAAGUUGAGAGCAAACUGGUAACAUGGUACUUUGAAAACAGAACAGUGACUCUUGGCCUGAGAAAGGGACACGCGAAAGAACUUGGAUGAAUCUGUGCGAAGCAAGAAAAUUUGGCAAAACUGGUGGAUGAAAGAAGCCUUGGAACUAUUAGUAAGUCAUCUCACAUCACAAAGCAAACGAACCAAAGAGGAACGAUUUCCAGCAAUCCAGUGUAGCUCUAACACUCGAGCUGAAAUACAUUUCCCCCAUCACCAAGUUCUACUGAGAAGAAGUGUUGCCUCCAUUGAUAUCUACUUUAAAAUGUUACAUGGUGGAAGCAGUUUGUAAAUAGGAGUUAAGUACUGAAAAUGGUCAAUCGAGAACGCAGAUUAAGUUGUUCCGAGGAAUGAGUGGAACUAAAGAAGUACUAGAGUGAUGCGACUGGGAACAUGGUACUUUGUAGAACAGUGACUCUUGGCCUGAGAAAGAGAUCCGCGAAAGAACUUAGAUGAAUAUGCACGAAGCAACAGAACUUUGCCAAAACGGGUGGAUGAAAGAAGUCUUGGAACUAUUAGUAAGUCGCCUCCCAUCACAAAGCAAACGGAACUAUUUCCAGGAAUGGACUGUAGCUCCAGCGCUCGAGCUCAAAUACUUUCUCCCCACCACCAAGUUCUACUGAAGAAGCUUAGUCUCCACUGAUAUCUACUGUCAAAUGUUACAUGGUGGAAGCAGCAUGUGAAUAGGUGUUAAGUACUUAAUGUGCUCAAUCCAGCACGCGAAAUAAAGUAGUUCAGAGGAAUGAGUUUAGAGCAAUUCUAAUUUUGACGGAAAAAAGAAAAUACUAGAGGUAGUAUAUUGUUUGUGUGUCAUCUCAGAAUUGUGCGACUUAAUAGACACUUAGAACCACAACUGACAAAUGACAUCUGCACAUUUGUUUUAGGCUUAGAAACAAAAUCUUUUAGCAGUCAAUGGUAGUAGAAUAGCUUCUAGUCAGUUUAAUGAAGUAGUGGCAUAUGUAAUACUUUCCAGGAACAGAAGGAUGGUGAGAUGAACACCCUUCGUCGAAAAAUUAUAUUGUAUUAUAUUAAACCUUGAACAGCCUUGACGCAAUUUCUGAUUUCGCCACUGGGAACAGUGAUGUUGGCAAAUUAUUGCAUUGAAUUAAGGAUGUUCUGUUGGUUUUC